CGAAUACACCUAUUCACUCCAAUAGCAACCCUAUUUAUACCAACAUCCAUUCAUUUCCAUUUAUCACUGUAUAUUUUAAUUACAGAAUACAAAAAUGUUAUGUAUAUUUAUUUGACGUAAUAAAAUAAAUGUCAAAUCAAAGAAAAAAGAAUAAUCGCAAAUACCAAUUUGAUCCCCUUUCUUACUCAUCAUUAUAUCACUUUGUUUCAGACAGCGUCAGAGCACAUAUAAAGAAAGAACGAGACAAACAGUUCAAAGAAACUGAAUGGAAACGUUCAUCGAGGCGUGAACUCUUCAAUACACUAUCUGAAAUACAAAAAAAUUUUAUACCACCCCAAACUUCCAAUGAAAAUGAUCUCAGAGCCUUAUCCAUUAAUAAACAAAUAGCUAUAAAAACUGAAAUAAAAUCUACACUGGAAUCUCUUCAAUCCCUAGUAGAAUUUGGUAUAUACAAAUUAUCUAAGAAAGAUGAACUGUAUAACGAGAAUGUAAAAUCGAUUUUAAAGGAGGAAAAGGAAGAUAGAAAGAAGUUAGAGGACCUUAGAAAAGUGAGAAAGGCUAAAUUUUUGGAAAGAAUCUCUAAGGAGUCCAAGCUUGUUUUGGAAUCUAGAGAGAAACAGCGGUUGGAAGCUGAACUUGAGAGAAAGAGGUUUAAUGAUGAGGAAUCUAAGGAAGAAUCACGUUUUUACUUCCCAAGUGAUAGGAAGUUAGUUGAUUGUGGGUUACUUCCACCAAUUUCUAGGAUCACAGCUGCUUAGCUGUGUAAUUAAUAUUUUUCAUUUCUCC